CCGCGGCGAGGCCUCUCUCAGCGUCAGGCGGCUGCUCUUGGGCCCGCUCGGCCGCGCCAGGCGGCCCGCAUGGAAGCGGGAAGCAGCUCCAGCCUCAGCCAGGCCUCCCUGUCCGGCCUGCGGGCGAGCGACCUGCUCAUUCCCUCCGCCGGCGUCCGGAGGGAGAAGCCGAUGGAGGCUGUGGCCGCAGCCGGCGGCCGGAAGAAGAAGGGGCCCGAGACGGUGUCGGCGGCGGCUGGAGGCGGCGGGACGCGCGGGCUGCCCCCGGCCUGGGCGGCAAACCGGGCUGCCUCCCGUGGGGGGACCCGCGGCGCGGCCCCGGGAGUCUCAAGUACUAAAGGACAUCCAGAACAUCUGCCUUCAGUAGAAAAUUCUACAGAGCCCAUGUUUUUAUCCCAAAUGGAAUAUCCUGGAGAAGCUGCACUUCAAGGAGAAGAUCCUUCACUGCUGCUGGAAGAUAGCAGAAGACCUGAAGAUGACGUUUUAAUUUCUCAAUAUGCUACUGGUCAGAAAGAGGCUUUGAGAGCUGUGUUAAAGCAAAAAAUUAAAAAUGCUCCUCCUGUACCUAAGAAAGUGAAGGUGCAGCUCUUGGGAAAUGCCUCCAAAGAAAAAAAGGAAAGUGUUGGUCAUGACACCAGGUCAGCAACCAGUGAAGCUGAUUCUGCAACAACCAUCGCAGCAGCAACUGCUGCCGCAAUUGCUACUACAGCUCCACUUAUUAAAGUUCAAAGUGAUUUGGAAGCACAAGUUAAUUCGGUCUCAGCAUUACUUCACAAACUACAGGAGACAGACAGACAACUGCAGCAUGUUGCUGAACAGCAAACAAAUAUGAAGACUCAACAGGAGCAGCCCCACUGCCAUGAAAGAGUCAGUGAGCUUGAAAAACAAAUGAAUGCUUUCAUGGUGCAAAGGAUUCAGCAUUUGGAAAAGUUACAGGAGCAACAAAUGAAUAUUCAGUCUCAUCUCCUUAGCUCUGCAGUCAACAAGGGAGCCUUGCAGCAAAAUCACCUGCCUCCCUCCAGUCUCAUGACAAAACAGCCUGAGAAGCCAGAACAGCGACUGCUCACUCACCACAUACCUUCCUGUCAGAGGGCUUUAUUUCCUACCAGUGGUCCACCUGUCCAAGCAUAUUCAAGCCAAUUUGGAAUUCUUGGGGCUCAUACAGAAAAAUCUCCUCUAAUGACACCAGUUCCUCGGAGAUAUGCUCCAGAACCUGUGUCCAAAUACAUGAAAAUCUCAAAGGAAGAAAACCCUGUAACAGAAAAAAAAAAUAUUCCCACAUCCACAAAUGAAGGUGAAGGAAGACUUCUUGAGCACACCCUGAAUUCUCAAGAAAUGCCACUGAAGCAGAUGGAGCCUUCUGAGAAGGCAGCAUUGAAAAUGAGCAGGCAUUCUGAGAGAGACAGGCAUACUGCUUUGCACACAGACUCAUUCCCUGCUUUGGAAAGCUCCUUCCAAAAUUGCAAUUCAAUUGAGAAAACAGUGAAAAAAGCAGACUCUUUACUUCAAGAUCUUGACCAGUUGAGAAGAGAAAUGCGUGACAUGCUACAGGAAGCAAACUCAUGGAAGUCAGACAUGAAUGAUCUUAUUAAGUCAAAAAACCCUCCUGUUGCAUCUGAGCCUCAGAUACAUCAUCAGCUCAAGAAACCAUCCAUCCUUCAAAAUGUGAAAGUGCCAAAAUCUAUACUGAGGGAUGCUGAAAGGGUUUUGAGAGAAGUUCAAAACAAUAAAAAAGUUCUUGAGGAGAAUUUGGAAGCUGUUAUUCAUGCAAAGGAUGGGGAUGCCAUGGACACUGUUCUUAAUGCCUUGGCCACAAACAGAGAUGCACUGGAAGAGAUUCGUAUCAGAAAGACUGUGGAUGAGUGGAUCAAGGCAAUCAGUGUGGAAAUCCAGGCUGAAAUGGCAAGAAAUGAUUCAGAACAAGAGAGAUACGAUCAAAAGGUCCCGUGGAUGAAGAGAGCCCAAAACAUCAAGGCUACAAAGACCAAUAAUGAAAUUAAAGCAAAAGCUGAAAAAAACCAAGGAUGCUUGACAAAGAAGCCUUUAUUUGCAGCUAAGCCCUUGCAGAAGCAAGCAGAAGAUAACACAAGAAAACAGAGGUUUAGAACUUACUUUUCUUCUGAAAGUUUUCAGAGGAAAGAAAAACUAAUGGAUAUGUGUCAGGGUCAUGUGAGCAGAAGUGCAAUGAUACCAAAUGAAGAUUAUCUGUGGCAAGUUUAUGGGAAACCAAUUUACCAGGGCCAUCGUAGCACCCUUAAAAAAGCACCAUAUCUGAGAUUCAACUCUCCCUCUCCCAAAUCUAAGCUUCAAAGACCCAAGGUGAUAGAGCGUGUUAGAGGCACAAAGGUGAAGUCAGCAAGAACACAGACUCCUCGUGCACAGACGGUGGUGACCAGCCCUAAGCAGCAGCAUCCUUUAUAUGCACUUAGCCAGGAAAAUCAGUACCUCUUUAGUCCAAGUCAAGAUGUACCUGCAGGCUCAGGUCUCCUUGAAGGUCACCUAAUUCCCAUGGCUAUUCCAUUAGGUCAGACCCAGAUGAGUGGCAUCUCACUGCAGCCUGCUGGAUUGGUGAUAGGUAAAGCACAACCUGUUGCAGUUACACCUUCUCUUCCUGAAGUGCCACCAAAACCUCUGCAGGAGGUAAAAAAACCAAACAUAGCUGUGGUAGAGAUAAGAUCAGAGGGAAAGGAUCCACCUCAGCUGACUGUGCAGGUGUUACCAAAUGUGGAUAUUGACAGUGUUUCAAGUGACAGUGUGAGUGUUAACCCUGUUCUUCCAGGCUCUGAACCUGCACUUCCUCCUGUCAGUGCUGUCAUACAGACUCCAGAAGAUGUACAUAGUGAGGAGGAAGAUGCACAGUUUCCAGGAACUAAUUUCAUUGAUGUUACUGAUGUCACACAGGAUCAGGAAGAGGAGGGGGAUGAAAUUCCAGAAUUCUUUGAGCCUCUUCUGGAGCUGAAUGGAGAGUUUAAAGUUUCCUCCCCAAAAUACAAUGGUCCUUUGUUUCCUCCUGUGGCUUCUGCUCCUCAGCAGUCUACUGAUGUUUUGGAUGAACUGAUUCAAAGGAGAGAAACUAUAGAAAACAGGUUGAUAAACUGGGUGGAACAAGAAAUAAUGGCAAAAAUUAUCAGUGAAAUGUACCCAGUUCAGAAAGAAACAGUGCCCAGCGUUAGCACCUCAGAGAGUGAAGACAGUGACACUGUAACCUCUGACAUUGUUGAAGUUGCAGGUGGUGGAGGAUUUCAACUCUUUGUCAAUGCUGGCGUGCCUGUGGACUCAGAAAUGAUAAGUCAUUUUGUCAAUGAAGUUCUCAGUGAGAUAAUUGAGACCAUGCUAGGGAACAAGCAGGCUCAGGAAGCAGUUCCUGCUACAAAUGUUCUUCUGGGUAACAAGCAGGCUCAGGAAGCAGUUCCUGCUACAAAUGUUCUUCUGGGUAACAAGCAGGCUCAGGAAGCAGUUCCUGCUACAAAUGUUCUUCCAAGUACAACUGUGAUGGAGUCUCUUGUGCCUACACCAUUGCCAACACCCCAGGCCACACCACCACCAACACCACCUGCAGAAAAAGAAUUGCCUCCAGUCAGAACUCCAGAAUCUUCUCUGUCUCUUAAAGAAUCGAGUGAGGAUGUUCACGAACAUGAAAAAAUUACAGAAACAGGAGCUGAGAUUCCAGCUGCCCCUAGUCAUGUUGGCACACCUGUGGUUACCCCUGUCAAUACACCUCCUAGAACAACCACACCAAGCCCCCCUGCUGCAGAAUGGGUCUCUGAAGCUGCAGAGAUGGAAAAGCCAAAGCUUUCAAACCCAUGGGAUGAUGCAGAACUUCCUCUGGAAGAAGAGAAACCCAGUCCUUUAACUGAAGAACCAUUACAUCCCAAGGCUCUUGAGAUGUCAGUGGCUAAUGAGGAGGAACCAGAGGCCUUGAUUUUACCAUCUCAGCAGUCAUCAGUGAGGUCCUUGGAACUGCUUCCUUGCAAUUCACAGGUUCCAUCACCUGUGCCUACAGUUAGUUCUGAGCAGUCCUCCCAGGAAAGUGGCCUCACCCUCACAGAGACAGACACAGAAACUGCAGCCAGACCCAUCUCAGAAGGAGAGGUCCUUGUCAGCUCUGGACAGGUGCUGCCUACAAGAGGAUCAGCAGAAGGAGGAUUGUCUCUUCCAAACCUUGCUGAGAGCUUAAUGAGCACUUUACAAGAUGCCAAUGAAAUGGAUUAUGAUCCUCCCAGUGAAGGGCAAGUGGUGAGAAUACAGGAUAAAGGCUAUCACAGGGAUCCUGUCCUGACUCUUUUAUCCAAAUUAAAUCAAGCACCUGUUGCUGCACAAGAAGGAACAUACCACGUGGAGGAUUCUGAUGAAAGUGCUGGGGAGCUCAGUGAGGGUCAAAGACCAAGGCUGACCAGAGCAGCAGAGAGAAUCCUACUGGGACAUUCAGUUUAUAGGGACCAUCCUGCUGCUCGGACUCCUGGGAACAGGCCACGCCGGGGUUUCCGUUCUCCAUCACCAGGGCAGCUUGCCCAAAUUGGAGCAGAAGUUCUUGCAGAUGCAGAUACAAGUCAUGGUCCAAUGCUUAUGGCUGAAGUGGAAUCACAACAAGUUUCAAAUCCUGUUCCGCAAGCAGCCCAACCAAGCUGCAGAGUGUCUCCUCUCUCAGAGGAUCUGUCCCAGGAGGAAGGCCAAGGAGCUGCACGAGCUGAGACUGUGAGACCCCGAGUUAUACACGUGAGGAGGAAGUCUGAGGAGACACAACAAGAAGGACCCUCCUAGACAUCUCAACCACAACACGAUGUUCAUCAAGCCAGGGUAUGGAAAAACAUCUUCCCUGCUCCUCAUCACCUCUGGACAAAGAGCCUUGCUCUGGACACUUCAUAGAAUGCCAGGUUGGAAGGGACCUCAGAGAUGACCUGGGCCAACCUUUGAACCCCUGUGGACAGCACUGGAUACACUGCUGAUUUACACCACUGGAGGAGAGGAGGGAUCUCUGAAAGCUCCUUUGGACACCUUUUCAGCAUCUUUUCAAGUGAUGCAACCUAGACAACAUGAGAGAGGCUGUGAUUUAGGGACACUGGUGCUGGUAUCGAGCUGCAGGUGGGCUCCUGGCUUCCCAUCUCAGUGGUGUAUCUGCUGGAGUCAUCACAAG